GUGGCAGUGUAUAGUUUCCGGUGAGCAUUUGCUUGCUGAGCAUUUAAAAGUAUAGAUCAUUAUAGAUUCAAUUUGCUUUGAAUCGCUUGAAAUCUAUAAAAUUCUAAUUCAAAAAUGGUUAGCUUAGUGGAAGGUUCAUCUCUAAAGGAUUUAAUGACUGGUGGUGGAAUCACCUUUGAGGUAGACAAAGACUUUCAAGAUCUGGGGGAUGAUGAGGAAUAUGGAUAUAAAGAUGAUGUUCGUCUGACUAAUGAAGAUCUGUUAAAAUUGUUAAAUAUGAAUGAUUUUUGCGACGAAGAUGUUGAAAGCAAUGAUGAACGGCAGGUUGUAUUACCCUUUGGAUCCAGCUUUGAUAAACUUAAACAACAGAUGACUGAUCUUACUGGAGAUGGCAAAGUCAUGAAAGUUGUGAGGCAGAAUGGUGUUGGUGAAAUUAUUCCAUGCAAUGCACAAGUUACAAUAAAAUAUAUUGGAUACUUUGAAUACCAAGAUGAACCAUUUGAUUCAACUUAUAAUAAUAGAAAUGCAUAUACGUUGAACCUAAGCUGUGGAGAAUGCAUUGUUGGAUUGGAAAUUGGAAUCAGAUCUAUGCGGAAACAUGAAGUUGCACACUUUAUUAUCCACCCUGACUUGGCUUUUGGAAAAAUGGGCUGCUUGCCUCGUAUUCCACCUAAUGAGGAUGUCUUGUUUGCUGUGCAUGUUGUGGACUUUAUUGAAAAAGCAGCAGCCGAGGUCGAAGAGUGUUUGACAUACGAGGAGAAGCGUAUGUUCUUCAGAGUGGUCAAUCGUGUGAAGGACCAGAUGGUCAUAGCUGGACAAAACUUCAAAAAACAAAAAACUCGUCAAGCUAUUAGAGAUUAUAGGAAAGUGGUUGUGUGGCUUGAAACAGCACAGUUGAAUAAUGAUGAAGAGGAAAAAGAAAUGAAUAGAUUGCUUUCAAGAGCUUAUACAAAUCUUGCUGUGUGUUUUAAUAAAGAAGGAAUGGGACGGCAGGCUUGUAUGGCCUGUAACAGUGUACCAAUACCCACUGCCAAGACACACUUCAAUUAUGGAAGAGCCUUAUUGAAAAUUGGAGAAUAUACUCGGGCACUAGAGAAGCUGAAAAUCGCCAAUAAAAUGGAGCCUCGAAAUAAGGACGUUAUUCAAGAAAUCCAAUUGGUCAACGAAAAACAAAGUAAGUAUUUGGAGAUUGAAAAGAAACUUUGGUCAAAAUGUGUUGACGGUUCGCGACACGAGAGAGUAUCUCAAGAUUUCACUAAUGGCGCAAAACAGUUGUGUGAAGCCUUCGCGCACGACACAAAUCUGAUGAGACAGCCACUACCGGAAAGUUUGACUAAACCCGAAGAGAAAUGCGUACGCGAACAAGCUGCUCUACUAGGAUUGAAUGUCACUUCGCAUAUCAGAUAUGGAAAGGAAAUUGUGUAUCUCAGUAAACCUCAAUAUUAAUAACAUAUGAGAUUAUACAAUGCUAGAUAUGUGCCAAAAAUGUAUUAGAGUUAUUACCAGAUGACAAGUUUAUUUUGUUAAUACAUUUAUAGUUUGACAAUAAAUAUAUUCUGCAUUUAA